ACGGACGGACUUGCUUCAGUCGCCCAUUGGCCGUCCGCGUCCGCGCUUUCCCACGGAAGUUGGUCGCAUGAGUCGCGACGUGGUCCGGGCUUCGACUCCUGAGCGAUUCGUCCGUAUCACGACACUUAUCACUGUCAUUAAUAAAGUGCAAUCGCGAUUGAGAAUGCUUCGUGUUAUUUUAAUCUGUGUUGUAUAUAUAUAUAAUUAGAAUUAAUAUACACAAUAGAUAAAGAAGACAGAGAUAAGGUUCGCUGAUUCAGGCGGCUCAAUAUAAUCUGCGAGACGUAUGACAAAUGCUUAUUAAUAGUUAUCAUCAGUCUCCGCAGCAUUAAAGAUAAGAUUUUAACUAAUCUAUGUGAAAACCGGAUCAAAUCGGAUGAAAGUAAAAUAAAACUGCAUCUUUGAUUAGUGCAAAGAGAUAACAAAUAAUGAGUUUUGAUAAACUUGUGCGGCUUAUUGUUGCACCGUUGAACGUGUGUCACGCGAGAUAAGAAUUGACAAGAAUGGUGGACAAACUGCACGACUACGAAGGACUCGCUGGUAGAAUUCAUGGUGUUCGCGACGCCAUCAAGGAACGAUGGGACGUCUGGAAGGAAUGGAAGAAUGGUCUGAAUCUGGAUCAAGGUCUGGACGGCCUGAAGCAGCACUUACGGAAGCCGCCCAAGUUGGAACGCACGUUGGAAGACUAUUCUCACAUUUACAGAAGGAAGACUCGUGCCGAACUGAUCAGGGUGUCGGCGGCCGUGAUGGGGAUUGAAUUCUCGUAUGCGGCGGAAACAGCUUUCGUCUCGCCGACGUUGCUGAAGAUCGGCGUCGAUCAUCAGCACAUGACGUUAGUGUGGGCACUGAGUCCUCUCGUGGGCUUCUUCGUGACCCCCAUUCUCGGUAGUAUGAGCGAUCGCUGCAAGCUCAAGCACGGUAGGAGACGGCCCUUCAUUCUUCUGUUAGCCCUUGGUGUUUUCAUAGGCCUCAUACUGGUGCCGAACGGAGAGCAUAUUGGCUACGCGUUCGGCGACAAACCGUCCCACACCAACGAGACCAUCCCUCUUGGACAUCGCACAACGGCGAAGCUCGAGGAAGCGGCCGAAUCAGUGGAAAGAGCUUUCUCGCAUUCCUGGGGUAUUUUCUUUACUAUUCUGGGCACGGUUCUACUCGACUUUGACGCCGACGCCUGCCAGAGUCCCGCAAGGACUUAUCUCCUUGACGUCACCAUACCCGAGGACCAUACAAGAGGCCUGAGCACGUUUACUAUAAUGGCGGGCCUGGGAGGUUUCAUGGGCUACGGCUUGGGCGGCAUCAACUGGGAUGUUACUUCACUCGGCAUUAUGCUGGGUGGACACUUGCAUGUGACUUUUACCCUCAUCACGAUCAUCUUCGUCAUCUGCGUCGUCUGUACGAUUACUAGCUUCAAGGAAGUCCCUCUUGAGGUACUCGAGAGAGACCAAUACCGGAAGGUGGACGAGCCAAAGGCGUCGGAAGAAGCCGGAGAGACGGAUAACAAGCGGGAUGAGCGCGAGAAGAUUAUCCUUGAUGAGUUAAAGACGUACGGUGCUCUCAACGGUGCGACUCAAAGAGGACACGAGACUACUUCGUCAAAAACGGAGGAAUUUACCCUCGAUCCACUGCUGAUGCAACCUUUCGAUCAACCGGAGGCACAGGUCUCCGAAAGCAACCACGUCAAUUACGGCCUUGAUGACUUGGAGCGUGAAGUAAACCCUAAGGCGACCUUGAAAGAGUACCUGCUGUCCAUUAUCUACAUGCCACGCAGUCUUCGUCAGGUAUGCUUGACUAAUCUCUUCUGCUGGAUGGCGCACGUAUGCUAUUCCUUAUACUUUACGGAUUUCGUGGGUGAGGCGGUGUUUGGCGGGAAUCCGCGAGCACCCAUCGAUACCGACGAGAGAGAGCUCUACGAGGAGGGCGUACGAUUCGGAUGCUGGGGUAUGUCCAUGUACUCGCUGUCCUGCGCGUGCUACUCGUUGAUCAUCGAGCGAUUGAUACAGCGUUUUCGAGUACGCAAAGUUUACAUCUACGGGCUGCUCUUCUACAGCGUUGGCAUGCUCCUGAUGGGUCUGACGAGACACCCGGUCGGCGUCAUCAUCUUCUCGUGGACCGCUGGCGUCAUGUACUCCACAUUAUUCACCAUGCCGUACUUGUUGGUGGCGCACUAUCACAAUUCUUCGACAUUUGCUCUCACGACGACGGGCGACGCCGUCUCCAACGGCUCUGUGCGCGGAUUGGGAACGGACAUUGCCAUCGUCUCUUCUAUGGUGUUCCUCGCACAGUUCCUGCUUUCCUGCUGCCUAGGCACAAUCGUCAGUCUUUCCGGCUCUACCGCCGCGGUCGCAUACGUAGCCAGUAUCCUAGCGAUGUGUGGUGCCGCCUCGGCCACGCAGAUCAUGUACCUGGACCUGUAAAUCUCCUUCAACUCUAGUCGUCGAAUCUAAUCAGUUUGGAUGUUAAACCGUUCAGCAACUAGUGCUCGGAAUUCCGCGUCGCGUCAAGUAUAAUCUCGCCGGAAUCACUUCACCGAGUCAUCGUCGCUCGAACGUACAUUUCGCUACUUAAUAAACGUCUUAAUUAUUAAUUAUUAAGCUAAUUAAUUACACAAACAACUACGUCAUCUCUUAGAUGCUGUCGUGCCAACGUCUACUGUAAUUCGCUAGGCAUUUAUUAGUCCUAAAUUGGUGUAAAGUAUUUCCAAUAUAAUUAAGAAGAUUAAGAAUCGUCUCCAAUAUCGUAAGAAGGACGGAUGUGCAUUCAUUAUGUAAUAUAACGAAUAAAGGCUCGAUCAAUAUAUAAAC